CAGACUGAGCUAGACUUCUCCUAUUGGCAACGUAUGAAAUGGGCUUUGAUAAAACAAGGCGUCUUAUCUGCAUGGGCCCUUACGGAGACAAAGGGUCAAUGUAACGAAGUAUUUGAUUAUAGCGCUGAAGAUCUAUUUUACGAAAACCACUCUAACAGUUCGGAGAACUACCCUGUCAAUGAUUCGACCGAAUCAAGUCCAGCUGUUACAUCGCCAAUUAUUGAUGGGCUGAUUUUAAAGAAAGUUCAGUACAGUGGAGAUGAAAAAACUACAGAAAUAGCCGUCAUGGAUCCCGAUGCCGAGUGGAUAACGACAGAAAAUUUUCAGAAACCAGACUAUCCGCCUCUAAACAGCGGACUUUGGCCAGCCGUUUUAAUUGAAAAUCAGCCUGAGUCGGACCAAGUAAUAGGAAUCCCAAUUAUAUUCCAGCUGCUGAAGUCGCGCCACUGAUUGCGCCUUCACCGGCCACGUCGACUCGGAAUUAAGAAAAGCCAACCCCGACUGGGAAAGAAGAGUUGAUUGAGAUCAUCUUACCUGUAAAAUAUGGUCCACGUAAGAACUGUGUUGGCUCAUUACUUCUUUGACUUCCCACUGGACACGGCUCAUCAUGUUUGUUACAUGUUCUGAAUCAAGAUAUCUAUGGGCAACAAAACUGAAGAUCGGGGUACGUAGAUCAUGAGCCACUGAUGUAAUCUGCAAGAGAUAAGGAAUAAAUAUGAGCGGAAACAGCAA